AGUGCAUUUCUACUCCUAACUACUCUCCGCUCGAACCGCAUCACACCAUGGGCCGUAAGUUCUGCGUUGGAGGCAACUGGAAGAUGAAUGGCGACAAAGCCACCAUCACCGAGCUGUGCAAAACGCUGUCCGCUGGUCCGCUGGAUCCCAACACGGAGGUGGUCGUCGGUUGCCCCGCACCUUACCUAUCGUUGGCCCGCUCGCAGCUGCCGGAAACGAUCGGUGUUGCUGCCCAGAACUGUUACAAGGUGGCCAAGGGUGCGUUUACCGGUGAGAUUUCUCCAGCCAUGCUGAAGGACCUUGGUCUCGGAUGGGUCAUUCUGGGACACUCGGAGCGACGUGCCAUUUUCGGUGAAACGGAUGAGCUGAUUGCGGAGAAGGUUGCCCAUGCCCUUGCCGAAGGGUUGAAGGUCAUCGCUUGCAUCGGUGAGACGCUGCAGGAGCGUGAAGCUGGCCAGACGGAGGCCGUUUGCUUCCGGCAGACGAAAGCAAUCGCCGCCCAGGUAAAGGACUGGAGCAAUGUAGUGAUUGCGUACGAACCGGUGUGGGCCAUCGGUACCGGCAAGACUGCCACCCCGGAACAGGCACAGGAAGUGCAUGCUGCGCUGCGAAAGUGGUUCACCGAGAACGUUUCGGCCGAUGUGUCGAAUGCCAUCCGUAUCCAGUACGGUGGUUCGGUGACGGCGGCCAACUGUCGUGAGCUUGCUGCCAAGCCGGACAUUGAUGGAUUCCUUGUGGGUGGUGCCUCGUUGAAGCCGGAGUUCAUCCAGAUCGUCAACGCUAGACAGUAAGGCUUCACUGC